GUGCGUAAACAAGAAGAAGAGGAAGAAGAGCUGGGGAAAAAAUCGAAGGAUGUGUCUGUGGCUUGGAGCAUGUGUGUUGUGCGUGUGUGUGCAUGUGACGGCACUUGCAGUUAGUUUAUAACUGUAAAUAUCUUUCCAGAUUGAGAUGGAACUAAAAGAACCGAUUGCACUGUGAUUUGGACACGAAAACAGGCAUCAUCGUCGCCUCUAAAGUGUAAAUUGUUUAACCAUAAGUUGCCAAUUGUAGUGUGCCCAUUGCUUUUCCGUCGACAGUUGGCCGCGAAAUGGAGGAGUCUGCUCCGAUUAUUCCAGUUGUGGUUGCGUCACGUGGCCGCGGACGAGGUCGGCCACCGAAAAUAACGCCUCACGUUGCUGCAACCCAGCCUGCUCAUUCAUCAUCCCACAAAGCAGAUGGAGACGAAUCGCUCACUCCUGCAGAGGAUCAGGAUGUCAGUCAAAACGAGUGUCGCCGCAGUUCCCGCAAAAAGAUCAUCAAGUUCGAUGUCCGGGAUUUGCUCAAUAAGAAUCGGAAGGCGCACAAAAUACAGAUCGAGGCACGCAUCGACUCGAAUCCCAGUCCCAGCACAUCAGGACUAUCUACAUCGACACCAACAGCUGCUGGCUCCAUCGCACCAGUUAGCCGUUUGUUCUCCAUGUUCGAGAGUAGCCAUCAGUCAUUGCCACCACCACCACCGCCUCCACCAGCUUUGGAGAUCUUUGCAAAGCCACGGCCCACCCAAAGUUUGAUUGUGGCUCAAGUGACCAGUGAACCAGUUGUUGGCAAUCCCCAUCAGACUGCGGCUAGUCUUCCCGGGACGCCCGCUCGCAAACGAGGUCGUCCCAGAAAGAGCCAGCCAACGGAUGUGGCCAUCGUACCAAGUGCCAUCGCUCCCGUUUGUUGCGAUUCGGAUACUAAUUCCACCAGCACUACGGCUUCCACUACGAGCAGCAGUGGUGAUAGUGCUGAGGCGGCUGGCUUUGUCAAACGGAAGCCCAAAUCCAAGUUAAGGGUCUCACUCAAGCGCCUGAAUUUCAACCGCAGGCAGGAGUCUUCCGAUUCCGGCAAUUCUCCAAUGUCUUCAUCACCAGAAGUGGAGCCACCAGCAUUGCAGGAUGAGAACGCCAUGGAUGAGCAGCCAGACCAGGAGCAAAAGCUGUCACGUAUUGUAGUUGGAGAGGACAACUCAGAUUCCGACUCACAGAUCAUCUUUAUCGAAAUCGAAUCCGAGAGUCCCAAGAUGGCGGAGGAGCAGGAACAAGAACCUGCUGCUGAAAAGGAACUACAGCCACUGGCCGACAUCGAUUUAGCCAAGCAGAGUUCAACUCCAGAUCCAGAACAGGAUCUCGACGAGAUGAUGGUGGAGGUGCUAAGUGGACCGCCCAGCCUUUGGUCAGCUGAUGACGAAGCCGAAGAGGAAGAGGAUGUGGCAAUAGAAAGGGCCACCCCACCACAAGCAGAAACUGAAACCGAGUCAUCUUCUCCAGCUCCCAGACGCAGCAGACGAUCUGCACAACAAAGUGGCAGCAGCCGUCAGGGAAUGACUCUCGAGGAGACUUUUGCUGAGAUUGCGGCCGAGAGCAGCAAGCAGAUUCUGGAGGAGUCACAGGACCACGAGGAGGACCAUGUGCUAAUACAUCUGAUUGAGGACAGCCAAAGUCAGCCUGAAGCUCCGUCGCCGGAAGCAUCCAUUAGGACGGUGGAAGAAAUUGUAACUGAGAACAAGACGGAGGAGAAGGUAGAAAUAACCCCUACCAAAGUGGAAUUGGUUCUUAAAGUUCCUUUGGAGACAUCAGAGGCUAGGUCAGUCACACCAGAUCUAGGAAAAGUUGUUCCAGAGUCUACUAUCAUCGUUUCAAAGUCGAAAGAAGUCGUUCCUAAGCCGAAAGAAGACACUGAACUAGAGAAAGAAUUGGUCACCAAAGAAGUUGCAGAGCCAGAAAGGGCUAACAAAGAUCCAGAACUGGUCAUCGAAAUGGUUUCAAAGGAGAAAGAUGUUACAGAACUAGAAGUGUCUAUGGAAACUAAAUCAGCAAACUCUGUAGAUUCUCAGGCCGUUGAAGAAGUUGAUACCAAAUCAAUUGCAGAAACAAAACCAUCUAUGGAAGACGUAAAAGAACAGGAUCUGAUAGAUGAUCCAAAGCCGGUUGAGAAGGUUCCCCCCGAAACUGAGCGUACGGAGGCUAUUUCCGAGUCUAAACAUUUUGCGCAAAUAGAAGUCGAUACUAACAUGGCUCAUAUAGAUGUUCCAGAACCCGAGACUCAAAAUGAAGCAAUUGGAGAAGUAAAAUGCGAUGAAUCAACAAAGGAAAAGUCGAUAAUUGAGGUGGAGAAGACUGAAAUCACUAUCUUAAAGACUGAGUCGGCCAAGGAAGACGUGCUAGUUGAGGUUCCAGAAAAAGCGGAGGCCGGGAAUGACUUUGAAGGGUCAAAAUCCCUGCCGGAAAUUAAGAAAAUUCGACAGGAACAGGAGGAAAAGAAUAUAGCUGUGCCGAAAACGGAGGAAGACAAACCACAACAGGAGCAAAUUAAAGCGGAAGUUUUAGAGAAAAUGGAGGCCCUGAAAUUUCUGUCAGAACCGACUGUCAAAAAGGAAAAGGCUUCACCAACGGAACUUGACAAAUCAUCAAUAGAGUUGUCAGAAAAUAUUUCAGCAAAACAAAAGGAAGACAUUAAAUCAUUAAAGGAAAUCGAAAUGAAGAAAUCGAAACCGAGUGUUAAAUCGUCUAAAGAAUCUACCUCCAAGAAGGCAAUCGAAAAGGAGAAGCCCUCUUCGAAAUUAUCUAUAUUAGCGGCCGAGAAACCUUCUACUACUGAUUUAGUCUCUAAAAAGGAGAAAGAAACUGCCAAAUGCCCACCAGAAGUUGCUUCCUCUGCGAAGAAGGAACAAUUAAAACCACCACCAACCACUGCACCACCAGAGAUCUCGAAAUCUUCAUCAGAAAAGCACCCAACUAGUGAAUCUGAAAUUCCUGCACCAGAGGCUCUUAAAGAGGAACAAACUGUAAAGAAGUCACUGUCCGAUCCUUCUUCCAGUAAGUACAAAGAUAAGCUAGCUCCAGGCUUUGUUGAGUGCGAUGCCCUGUUCAAGGCGAUGGAUAAGGCCAAUGCCCAGAUGCGUCUCGAGGAGAAGAGCAAGAAAAAACUAAAGAAAGUACCGCCGAAGGUGGACUCACCCGUUCCCGUUGCCACAGCCACGCCAGCUGUUGGCCAAAAGAAGUCUCUGGGAGGCAAGGCCAGUUUGCGACGGAACACCAUUUAUGAAGAUUCACCCAAACCGGACAGGAACAGCUCUCCAAGCUCUGAUUCUAACCAAAUAGCCAUGCCAAUUUCUAGCAAACUAAAACGAUCGAAGACCAAAAAGAAGCCAAAUCCCAGGCGAAGCACGAUCUGUGAGUCGGCUAAAGAUCUCAGAACGAGCAGCUCACCCACGGAGGAGGUGUCCGCUAACUCGCCAUUUUCCUCCUCAUCGGAGUUCUCUUCGAAACGAAAUCAAUCUAAGGCAACUACAACUGAACCAAGCAAAGGUUCAAAGUUGGAUCAUCGACGAAACACCGUUUGCGAGGACCGUCAAGCUGAGACCGUCACACCAGUUCCGCUGACCAAGCGUCGCUACUCGAUGCAUCCGAAGGCAUCUGCAAAUCCUCUACACGACACCCUGCUUCGACCCACUGCCAAAAAGAGAGGCCGAAAGUCCGGUAAGGGACCGCCUAGUCGUCAGAGUUCACUGGAUUCCAGUUCAAGUGCUUCCCAAGGACCUUCGAAAAAGAAGGCCCUAAAAUCAGCGGAAUCUUUAAAUGCUGCUCUCAUAGAAACGGAGUCGUCCGAAUCCACAUCGUCCGGCAGUAAGAUGCGACGCUGGAAUGUGCAAAGUUCCCCCGAGCUAGAGACUACCAAUCCGCUUAGCGAUAUUGCCAAGUUCAUCGAAGACGGAGUUAAUCUUCUCAAGCGCGAUUAUAAAGUUGAGGAAGACCAACAGGAGGAGGGACAGGAAGAGGCUAAAAGGGAUUCAAAUCCCGAAGAGGAUGAGUUUGCGCAACGAGUGGCUAAUAUGGAAACGCCGGCCACAACGCCAUCGCCUUCACCAACUCAAUCCAACCCGGAAGACUCUGCUUCCAAUACCAGUGUUCUUCAGGAAAACUCUGGUGGUGGCGUGCGCCGAUCCCAUCGAAUCAAGCAAAAGCCGCAGGGACCGCGGGCUAGCCAGGGAAGAGGCGUGGCCAGUAUGGCACUGGCACCGAUUAGCAUGGGCGAACAGUUGGCCGAGCUGGCAAAUAUCGAAGCCAUAAACGAGCAGUUCCUACGCAGCGAGGGACUCAACACUUUCCAGCUUCUGAGGGAGAACUACUACCGCUGUGCCAGACAGGUAAGCCAAGAGAACGCAGAGAUGCAGUGCGACUGCUUCCUUACUGGCGACGAGGAGGCACAGGGUCAUCUGAGCUGCGGUUCUGGCUGCAUCAACCGCAUGCUGAUGAUCGAGUGCGGUCCGCUGUGCACCAACGGCCAGCGAUGCACCAAUAAGCGCUUCCAACAGCAUCAAUGCUGGCCAUGUCGUGUUUUUCGCACAGAGAAGAAGGGAUGCGGCAUCACGGCCGAACUACAAAUGCCUGCAGGUGAAUUCAUCAUGGAGUAUGUGGGUGAGGUAAUCGACAGCGAGGAGUUUGAGCGACGACAGCAUCUGUACUCGAAGGAUCGCAAUCGUCACUAUUAUUUUAUGGCUCUUCGAGGAGAAGCCAUCAUUGACGCGACCUCCAAGGGAAACAUUUCGCGGUACAUUAAUCACAGCUGUGACCCGAAUGCCGAGACCCAGAAGUGGACAGUCAACGGAGAGCUGCGAAUUGGUUUCUUCAGUGUGAAACCGAUCCAACCCGGUGAGGAGAUCACAUUCGAUUACCAGUAUCAGAGAUAUGGCCGCGAUGCACAGCGUUGCUACUGCGAGGCAGCAAACUGCAGAGGAUGGAUAGGAGGCGAACCAGAUUCUGAUGAGGGAGAACAAAUGGAUGUGGAUAGCGACACCGAGGCUGACAUGGAUGAAGAGGAACUGGAGCAAGAAGCUGGGGAGGAACAUGGUCAGUCCCGCAAGACAACAAAGGCCAAGGCCAAGUCAAAGCUAAAGGGAAAGUUACCUCAGACCGCCAAUCGCAAGCGCAAGGAGCAGACCAAGCCCAAGGACCGGGAAUACAAAGCCGGUCGCUGGCUGAAACCCACUUCUGGUGGUUCAUCAGGAACGGCAGAGAAGGCGUCGAGGAAGCCAAAGGUCAGCAAAUUCCACGCAAUGCUCGAGGAUCCCGAUGUGCUGGAGGAACUUUCACUGCUCAGCCGCAGCGGGCUGAAGAACCAGCUCGACACGCUGCGGUUCUCCCGGUGCAUGGUUCGUGCCAAGCUUCUUCAGACCCGACUACAACUCUUGGUUGUACUGACUCGUGGAGAAUUACCAUGCCGCAGACUUUUCCUCGACUACCAUGGCCUGAGAUUGCUGCAUGCCUGGAUAAGCGAAAAUGGCAACGAUGACCAGUUGAGAAUUGCUUUGCUAGACACCCUUGAAUCACUACCCAUUCCAAAUCGCACAAUGCUGAAUGACAGUCGCGUUUACCAGAGUGUCCAGCUGUGGAGUACAAGCCUGGAACAGCGUCUGGCUUCAACGGCCGAAAGCGAGCAGGUGGCUCAACACAAACGAAUGGUUGCCUUGCUCCAGAAAUGGCAAGCCCUGCCAGAGAUCUUCCGCAUUCCCAAGCGCGAGCGAAUCGAGCAGAUGAAGGAGCACGAACGGGAGGCGGAUCGCCAGCAGAAGCAUGUUCAUGCCAGCACCGCACUGGAGGAUCAACGGGAACGCGAAAGCAGUGGCGAUCGCUUCAGACAGGAUCGUUUUCGACGGGACACGACCAGCAGCCGGGUUAGCAAACCCAUUCGCAUGAGUGGUAACAAUACGAUUUGCACCAUCACCACCCAAGCGAAGGGUAGCAAUGGAUCCAUAGAUGGUAUGUCCAGGAACGAUGGUCGACGUAGAUCCGACAUGGGACCCUCUACAGAACCAAGACGUACCCUAUCCAAGGAGCUCAGGCGAAGUCUGUUCGAGAGGAAGGUUGCCCUGGAUGAGGCCGAGAAACGUGUUUGCAGCGAGGACUGGCGGGAGCAUGAGCUGCGUUGUGAGUUCUUUGGCGCCGAUUUGAAUACAGAUCCCAAGCAGCUGCCCUUCUAUCAGAAUUCGGAAACUGGCGAAUGGUUUAACAGCGAUGAUAUACCAGUGCCCGCCCCGCAGCGCACAGAGCUUCUGACGCAGGCGCUGCUCUCGCCUGCCGUGGACGGGGGACAGUCUGCUCCCCCGGCCGUUGAGUACAAGCUGCCAGCUGGAGUGGAUCCUUUGCCGCCAGCUUGGCAUUGGCGGUUGACAAGCGAUGGCGAUAUAUAUUACUAUAAUCUACGCGAACGAAUAUCGCAAUGGGAGCCACCAACUCCGGAACAACGUCUUCAGACACUAGUCGAAGAGGAUCCCACACAGCAACCGCUUCAUGAGCUACAGAACGAUCCAGCAGUCUUGGCCACUGAACUGAUUCAGGUCGACACGGACUAUGUGGGCUCACUGAGUUCCAAAUCUCUGGCCCAAUAUGUCGAGGCCAAGGUAAAGGAACGUCGCGAGCUGCGUCGCAAUCGACUAGUCUCGAUUCGCGUGAUCAGUCCCAGAAGAGAUGAGGAUCGCCUAUACAAUCAGCUAGAGUCCCGAAAGUACAAAGAGAAUAAGGAGAAGAUCCGACGACGCAAGGAGUUCUAUCGUCGUCGCAAGAUCGACGUCACUGCCACAGCUACGGAACCCACGGCCAAUCCAGAUGAUGCUGCCGCCACUAACUCUCUGCCCAUCCAGGCAUAUUUAUACUCUUCGGACGAGGAUGCGUCUGCUGAGCCACCCGUCGCAGAUGGUAGUGUGGCACAGGUGGAGGAACUGGAUUCACUUAACCUGGGACCGAGCACUAGCCAUGCUGCUCUGGCAGCCCUUGGAAAGUCCACUGGCCAAACCACACCGGCCAGUAGUGGAGUGAGUGGCAACAAGCGAAAGCUACCGAUGCCGCCGCAUGUGCCAGUGAAGAAACAUCGCCAGGAGCAUCGUAGCAAAAAGAGCAAGAGUUCCCACAGUCUUUUGUCCGUCACGAGCGGACGUGAGGCCAACGAGAAGUUCCGCUUCGAGAUCAGCGGACAUGUGGCCGAUUUCCUGCGUCCUUACCGCAAGGAGAGCUGCCAACUGGGACGGAUCACCAGCGACGAGGAUUACAAGUUCUUGAUUAAGAGGCUAAGCCAUCAUAUUACCAACAAGGAAGUGCGAUACUGCGAAGUUACCGGGAAUCCUUUGUCCUGCACAGAAUCGGUCAAGCACAAAUCCUACGAUUUCAUCAAUCAGUACAUGAGGAAGAAGGGGCGGGUGUAUAAGAAACCAGCAGAGGACACCAUAUUCUAAAAAGGAAACACUAUACUGACUCCAAUAACUAGCGAAUACCGGCGAUGGAGCACCAUAACCCGAACCAAAUCCCACACGGAACUAAAACUUACUAUAUUUUUUACAUUUAUUUUUUUUUUAAAGUGUACAAUUCGUUAGAUAAUAAGUUAGGGUCGUAGUAUAUGCGAUUUACCCCUCGAAGCGGGUAGCGUCUUAAGUGAUUGACAGGUAGGACAUUCUAGUAGAUCUUCGAAAGAAAUAGAGAAUGUAGGAAUAUUAGUUCAAGCGACAAUUAAUGGAAGACUUUCUAAGAAACGUAUUGUAUAGAAGCGGGUUAUAAUUUUUAUUUGCGAAUAAUGGGUAAUGUUUCGUAUUCGGUUAGCAUUUAUAGGUUAUUUUAUGUUUUUCAAGUUUAUUUACCAGCUUAAAAUAAAGUAAAUUUUGCAAGUUAAA